AAAAUUACAUGAAAAAAGAUUUGAAGAUAACAUUAAAGCUAAAAUAGAAUUAUUAUUAACUGCGAAAGCUGAAGAAGUAGAUUUAAUAUUUAACGAAUUAUUAGAACUUGAUAAAAACCUUAUGGCUAAUUACAAUGUUAAUCUAAGUGAUCAAGAUAAAGGUAGCAUUUCGAGAAAAAAAUUGGCAAUUAAACGAAGUACUAAACAGAAGGCUAAAGCUAAUUCAACUAAAAAGCAAAAUAAUAAAAAACAACGAAUAUCUAAAGUAAUUGAUUUAACUGAUGAUAUAUCGCAAGAAUUUCAUGAUAGUGAAUCUAAAGAAUCUGGUAUGACAAUGAUGGAACAAUUAGAAUAUGAGAAACGCAAGUUGAUAAUUGAAGAAC